UGCCACUAAAGCUUUGCAAGACAAGCAGCGCCAAAUGGCAUUGCCACUCCACAAGCUCAUCCAGUCCACCAAGACACGGUGCAAUUCUGUGUGUGACAUGUUUGACCGGCUACUGGAGCAGCGGUGGGCCGUAGUUGCCGUCCUAUCCGACCGGACUGUCACAAAGUUGGACGCCGCUAAAACGCUGGAGCUCAAAGAAGAAUACUGGCGCGUAAUAUAGGACAUGGCACCAGUUUUGGCAACACUGAAGUGCGCGACAACAGUGAUGUCUGCGGAGCUGGAGGUCUCCAUCAGCAAUAUUUAUCCCAUCUCUUUCGGCCUCAUCGAUAUGCACCUCCUGAGAAGAGAAGAGGACUGCCCACGAGUGAUGGAAUUCAAGGAAAAAGUCCGCUCCUCCCUGCUUGAGCGCAUGAUGAUCCAGUCCGAGAGGUUCACAUCCUCCCCUCCCAUGGUCGCAACGAUGCUGGACCCUCGCCACAAGCAUCUGGGUUUUUUAACACCAGCACAGCGACUGGAUGCCAAAUCCAAGCUUAUUGAGAUGGGGGAGGCAGUGGAUAUGGUCCUCGCAAACCCACUGGCCGAAGGUGUUGCGCCCGACAGAGACUCAGCUGCGCACCGAGUCUCCGCGAUGGCACUGCUGUUGGGGGGGAAUUACACAACACCGACUGCAACUAACCGCACGGACACGGAGGUUGAGAACUUUUUACGGGAAAUUAUCCCAUCUCUGGAUACACAGCCGACAGACUGGUGGAAAGUAAAUGCGGGGCGAUUUCCCAGACUGGCGAAGCUUGCGCGCCAGUAUCUCUGUAUCCCAGCAACAUCAGUUCCUUCUGAGCGUGUGUUUUCCUCAGCCGGACUGAUUGUGUCCCGGUUGCGCUCCCGACUGACACCUGAACAUGUGGACAAGCUUAUUUUUCUCAACAAGAACAAGUAAGCAAAAAAGUGGACACUGUGAGUUGGAAAUAAAUUCCUACUUAGUUCUCCUAUUUCAAAAAAAUCCACAUGUUAUAGUUUGAGCCACGCUCUUUGACUGUAUAUUUGCUGAGAUUAUUUUUAUGAUCCUGCUCCGCAUGUUGAUGUUCAGUGUGUUGUAUAAUUUGUACGCCUUUAUAUGUUCUGUGCAAUACUGUUAAUUGUAUGCGCUAUGUUGCUGUGCAAAAUAAAGCUUUAUUAUUGAA